CAUGAAAUGUUGCAGUUCGAAAGGGCUGCCUGCAAACCAAACGGCAUCCUGGCUUUGGCAGGCUGAGCGCUGCAUUCUGGCUUCUCUCACUCCCUCUAGCGUUUGCAAAACUCAUCGGUCUGAUUAUCCAGUUACCUCACCGUACAGCUUGGCUAAGUCCUGCCCAUCUAUGACAUCACCCCUUCUUCAGCCACUGCGAGGUGAAGCUUUAACUUCAGACUUGGAGGUGGGCUGUGUGCAGUAAAGUGGAAUGCUCUCCGUCGCUCCCUGAUCAGUGUAGGAGUGAUCCGAAGCAGGACGAGCUCAGCCUGCAGCUGCUGUUGGCUUUGUGUGGACUGGACGCGAGCUUGGGAGAGGGGGGAGGGUCAUUACUCCAGUUCACAUUCAGUGGAAUUACAGCUAUAGCGGCAGCAUACAUGGGAUUGCUUUUUCUCGUCUUCCUGGAGAUGCUCAGACCCAGUUUAUUUUAAGGAAGAGAAAUAUAAAGGAAAUCUAGUAUGUUUCCUUUUUUUCCAUGAAGAAUAUUUGAAUUUAAAUUUUCUUUACCUCUUAAAAAAGAACACCUAUUCUUGCAUAACGUGACUGCACCAGAUAUUCUGAGAAAGCAGCGAGAAGCAAAAGCUGGAAAUAGCUAUUUCACAGCAGGGCUCUGAAGCUACCUUGUGUAAAGACCUCAACACUCCUGACCAUGAUCAGCCCAGCCUGGAGCAUCUUCCUCAUCGGGACUAAAGUUGGGCUGUUCCUUCAGAUGGCACCUUUGUCAGUCACGGCUAAGUCCUGUCCAUCUGUGUGCCGCUGUGAUGCAGGCUUCAUUUACUGUAAUGAUCGCUUUCUGACAUCCAUUCCAACUGGAAUACCAGAGGAUGCUACAACUCUCUACCUUCAAAACAACCAAAUAAAUAAUGCUGGGAUUCCUUCGGAUUUGAAAAACUUGCUGAAAGUAGAAAGAAUAUACCUAUACCACAACAGUUUAGAUGAAUUUCCCACCAAUCUACCAAAGUAUGUAAAAGAGUUACAUUUGCAAGAAAAUAACAUAAGGACUAUCACUUAUGAUUCACUUUCAAAAAUUCCCUAUCUGGAGGAAUUACAUUUAGAUGAUAACUCCGUCUCUGCUGUUAGCAUUGAAGAGGGGGCUUUCCGAGACAGCAACUAUCUCCGACUGCUCUUCCUGUCCCGUAAUCACCUUAGCACAAUCCCCUGGGGUUUGCCCAGGACAAUAGAAGAACUACGCUUGGAUGAUAAUCGUAUAUCCACUAUUUCAUCACCAUCUCUUCAAGGUCUCACUAGCCUGAAACGCCUGGUUUUGGAUGGGAACCUGUUGAACAACCAUGGUUUAGGUGAGAAAGUUUUCUUCAACCUGGUCAACUUGACAGAACUGUCACUGGUGAGGAAUUCCCUGACCGCUGCACCAGUAAACCUUCCAGGCACAAACCUGAGGAAGCUUUAUCUUCAAGACAACCACAUCAAUUGGGUGCCCCCACAUGCUUUUUCUUAUCUAAGGCAGCUGUAUCGACUUGAUAUGUCCAAUAAUAACUUAAGUAAUUUACCUCAGGGUAUCUUUGAUGAUUUGGACAAUAUAACCCAACUGAUUCUUCGCAACAAUCCCUGGUAUUGUGGGUGCAAGAUGAAAUGGGUACGGGACUGGUUACAAUCCCUACCUGUAAAGGUCAACGUGCGUGGGCUCAUGUGCCAGGCCCCAGAAAAAGUUCGGGGGAUGGCUAUCAAGGACCUCAAUGCAGAACUGUUUGACUGUAAGGACAGUGCAGGUGUAAGCACCAUUCCUAUAACCACUGCAGUACCCAACACGGUAUAUCCUGCUCAAGGACAGUGGCCAGCUCCAGUGACCAAACACCCAGACAUUAAGAACCCCAAGCUCACUAAGGACCAGCGAACCACGGGGAGUCCUGCAAGAAAAACGAUUAUAAUUACUGUGAAAUCUGUCACCUCAGACACAAUUCAUAUCUCUUGGAAACUCAUCCUACCUAUGACUGCUUUAAGACUCAGCUGGCUCAAACUGGGCCACAGCCCAGCAUUUGGAUCUAUAACAGAAACAAUUGUAACAGGGGAACGCAGUGAAUACUUGGUCACCGCCCUGGAGCCUGAUUCACCCUAUCGCAUCUGCAUGGUUCCUAUGGAAACCAGUAAUCUCUACCUGUUUGAUGAAACUCCUGUUUGUAUUGAGACUGAAACUGCACCCCUUCGAAUGUACAACCCUACAACCACCCUUAAUAGAGAGCAAGAGAAAGAACCUUACAAAAACUCCAAUUUACCCCUGGCUGCCAUCAUUGGUGGGGCUGUGGCCCUGGUGACGAUUGCCCUUCUUGCUUUGGUGUGCUGGUAUGUUCAUAGGAAUGGAUCACUCUUCUCAAGGAACUGUGCAUACAGCAAAGGGAGGCGAAGGAAGGAUGACUAUGCGGAAGCGGGCACUAAGAAGGACAACUCCAUCCUGGAAAUCAGGGAGACCUCUUUUCAGAUGUUACCAAUAAGCAAUGAACCAAUCUCAAAGGAAGAAUUUGUAAUACACACCAUAUUUCCUCCUAAUGGAAUGAAUCUGUACAAAAACAAUCACAGUGAAAGCAGUAGUAACCGAAGCUACAGAGACAGUGGGAUUCCAGACUCAGAUCACUCACACUCAUGAUGAUAGAGGUCAUGCCACACACUGUGUUUCGGAUUUUUUAGACCUAAGGGAGGUGAUGGUAGGAAUCCUGUUCUACUGCAAAACACUGGAAAAAGAGACUGAAAAAAAGCAAUGUACUGUACAUUUGCCAUAUAAUUUAUAUUUAAGAACUUUUUAUUAAAAGUUUCAGAUUUCAGGUUACUGCUGCGAUUGAUGUAGUGGAGACACCUGAACACAAUUCUAUAUUUUAGUAUUUUUUAGUAAUUUGUACUGUAUUUUCCUUGCAAAUAUUGAAGUUAUAAACCAUUUACUUUGUGUUCUACUGAGUAAGAUGACUUGUUGACUGUGAAAGUGAAUAUUCUUGCUGUGUUGAACAAUCAGGACUGCAUUCACAUGAGAUCCUUGUAGUAUAAGCACAGGCCAUUUUUCACUUUGGUAUUAAUAAAAUGUAAAAAAAAAACUGGCUGAAUGACAAAAAUUAAAUUUCAAAACAGUUAUAAAGUAAUGUUCCAAUUAUUAAAUUUGUGUUAUCCCAGUGAUACUAAAUAAAUCAAAAUAUGUGAAGUAAUGGGCAAUAUCAAACUUGCGGCAUAUCUCCAUUUUUACUCUAAGCAAAUUAGACCUCAAGAAAGUAAGCUUAUCUUCUGAACUGAAUACAUUGGCUGGCAUAAAAGGAGUGUGAAGUCUGUUGUUAAAAAAAUUGCUAACAAAGCUUUGAGAAUAAAGGGCUUCACAAAAACAGUAAUGUAGGUGUGCUUCCAAGUUAGGGGGGGAAUGUGUACCUAGGAAAAUAUGAAAAUUUAGACUUGCAUAGUGUAAUGAAGACAAUUACCAGAAUUACCUUUCGGUUUUGCCUAUACUACCCUGAUUUUUGAAAAGUGAAUUCUAAAAACACCAUUUCUGGUGUUUAUGAUGUUUUUACCAAAAAAGAUGUAAAAAAAAAAAUCCUAUACAUAUUAAAAAAGGUAGCAUAACCAUAAGCAGUCCCCCUCAACAAUGCAGAGAAAGUAGUACUUUAAAUAAGUGAGAAUUCAAAAGAAAAAUAAAUACUAGAAAUCAAAUUUAGAUCUGGUUUAUGUGAAAUGUUUUAACACUGUACAUAAAUGUUCAAUUUGCUUUCACAAUGAUCAAGAAUACUGCCCAUUACUGUCACAGUUUCCCAGAUAUUACAUAAUGAACUUGUAGUGUAACAUUUCUUUCUAGCUUCCUACUGAAUUGUGAGCUAUGUUUAAAAACCACAUCACUUUUCCGUUGCCAUGAUUUUUCUUCCAACAAAAAAACCAAAGUGCAUUGUACGCCCUUUGGCCAGUCUUGUAUGUGCCUUGAUCCAAUGCUACAUGUAUUCAGCUUUUAAAAAUCGACAAAUUUUUCAUACUUCCUUAAAUAUGAAAAAUUAUGGUCUUAUUGCUGAAUAAAACAAAAAAAAGUACAAAAUAAUCGUGCUUGCUUUUCGGGAUUAUGUUACUAUCACUAAAGUAGCAAAUUGCCCAGCACAUUAGUCCUAAGCACCCCCAUGUAUUUUUCUAGGCAUAAAAAUAAACGUUGGCUACAAAUAAAAAAAUAGCAGUAUCUUGAGCAUUUGUAUCAUUUGACUUCAAAGAGUUCAAUGUUUCAUGAAUAAAUUAAUUCCUUAACAGUC